AUGCAAGAAGGUACGGAUAUACCAGGAAGUUCCAGCUUCAUUGAGCCAUCGCUUAUUAAUGCUUCUAUGUCUGAGAUCCGCAUUGAUCAAGUGGAACUUGAUGAAGAAGAUGUUGGUAAUACUAAUGCUUCUGAUGAAAACCUUCUCGACCACUUAACAGAAAAUCCUUAUUAUGUAUUUGUUCUUUCUGAAACUGGGAGACCGAUUUUCAUGUCAAGUGGGAUGGAAGAUCAGUGGUGCGGUUUGUUCGCCCUCAUCGGCGUGUUUGUAACUAGAAUUGAGCACUUCGAUGAUAGCCUUCAUACUAUAUCUGAUGGGGAAAUUCAUGUAUAUUUCUGCCAUAAAAAACCACUUAUCCUUUGUAUCGUUUCUAGGAGUGAAGAGCAGUUAGACAUGCAACUCAAUGCUUUAUUUGAUCAAAUUCUCUCAACACUUUCUCGAUCUCAGUUGGAAACAGUUUAUCACAAGAGAGGAGAUAAUUACGAUCUCAGACGCUUAUUGAAAGGAACCGAUAAAUAUAUGGAAAGUUGUGUUUGGUCUUGGCGGGAGGACGUAGCCUUAUUGCAAUCCGCCAUAAGAGUGAUCCCUAUGCAGCCAUCCGAUAGAGACUUUUUAUCCAGUACAAUGGCAACCCAAAUCGCAGCAGCCAAAUUAGAUGGAGUACUAUUUGGUUUGGUGUUAGCUCAUAGACAAGUUGUUACAAUGGUCAGAUACAAGAAGUACACCAUGCAUCCACGUGAUAUUCAUAUUUUGAUAAACCUGGUAAGUGGAAACACAUCACUCCAGUUACCCGAAGCUCAAAUCUGGACUCCUAUUUGUCUUCCAAAGUUCAAUGACACAGGAUUUUUCUACGGUUAUAUCACUUAUCCCUGGGAAAAUAACCCGGCAUGUCUAGUCCUGUUAUCUGUGAAAAGGGAUCACUUUGAAGCUCUGAAUGAGGUCAAGAAAAAAAUAGUUGAAAAAUUGGAAGGAAACACGAAAUUCUUCACAAAUUUCCAAGCCUCACUAGAAUUACCGAUACCUUUUGAAAUAUCAAAGAUUGGAAGUUCCCAUGAGCUGAUGUGGUCCUUUGUUUAUAAAAACAAGUCUUCACGACAAAUAUGUAUAUCAAGUGCAAAAGUUCCUGUUAUAUCUAAGGAUGAGCGACGCGAGAUUAAGAAAUUAGUUGACAAAAUGGCUCAUUUCUGUCGGAAUGAGAAGACUCUACGUUGUCUUUAUGUUAAACGAAAAUCAGAUAAUGUUUUGCUCUGGGCUACAGAAAAAUUCAAUUUGCAAUGUGUUUUCUCACCCUUCACUGGUCCACAGACAGCAACUAUGCUGAUAGACAGACUUUUGAAAACUUUGAAAAGUCAUGAGCAGCGCUAUUUCAUAAUUCACAGUACUUCUUUCUAA